UAUAGACGUCUCACGAGCUUUCACAAAAUGUAAUAAUAAAGUCUGAUUUCUCGAUAAAAUCAUUGCUGGUCGUCAAUAUUAACUGAUUAUUGCACGAUUAAUAAUUAUUUUCCCGGUUUAAUCCCGUUUCUCACACCGAAAAUUGACGAAAAAGAGCGCCCUGAACAUUAUUUAGCGAGUCCAAUAUAAUAAUUCGUGCUAUUAAUUUUUUCGGUAUUUGAGGGUUAUUACUACAAUAAUGACUGUGUACAACUGUUUUAUGAUAAUAUGAGAUAACUGAUGUGUUAAUUGAAUAGAAAAUUAAAUAUGUGAAGCUAUAAUUAAUGCAUUGACAACUAAUUUGAUUUUGGAAGAAAGAUGGAAAGUUCGAAAUCCUUGAGCGAUCCAUUACUGAGAUCGUCCAACUCACUAGAUGAUGCCUGCACUGCACCCAGUACAGAAUGUGGCGAUAUUUGUGGAGAGAGAAGUGGACUGCAGAUUCUUGAUGAAUUUAGAAAAUUAUACGAGAAACAGAUAGCAAGUAUUAAUUACGAUGACUCCAAUGCAUCAGCUUUAAAAAUGAAAAUUAUGGAAGAGUGGAUCAGAGACCUUGAUGCUCAAAAUGUGAUGCUAGUGAAGACGGUUCAGGAACUGGAGGAGGCAGCUUAUCAAAGGGUCAAGAUAUUGGAGGAUAAACUAAAGCACACGUCUCACUUGAUUAAUGAUAAUAUGUCGCGAUUCCAACAGCCGACUCAUCACAGGUUGAAUGAUCUUUCAGAGAGGCUCGAUUUCUUGGAGGAUGAGGAGGGAUUCUUCAAACAAAAAAUCAAUAAUUUGCAAAAUGAUAUUACUGGACUGUUAGAAUUGAUUAGGCGUGGCUAUUACGAGCGGCGUUGGAGUCUCAAGGGGAUAAAUCUAUGUGAAUUGAAGGAUACUGACAUACCGAUUCCCUUUACUGGUGAAGAUGAACCCCAGGAGCACAGCAUUCCAACAAACAAAGACCUGACGGAGCCUGAUAAAUUCAAGUUAUUAUCAGAGAAUGAGAAAAUAAUGUCCAGUGAAGACAGUGGGAGGAAAACAAUUGUUGAACAUCAUGUUGAGUUGAAUAAUUUACAGGAAGAAUUGCAAAAAAAACAUAAGGAAGUGGAACGAUUGAAAAAUCAAUUACAUUUUCUAGAAAAAGAAGCCCUGGAAGCAAGAGAGGCAUUAACACUAGAAGUAGCUGAGAAACAUGAUCAGGCAAUAAUGUUGAAAGAUCAAAUGGCAAAUCUCGAGGACCAAUACCGCCAAUCAGCCAUGCAGAUGCAAUUCAAAGACGAUAUAAUUAAAGAAAUGCGCAAUCAAUUAAAGCAAAUACAGAAAAAGGGAUCGUCUCUGUCACCCUCAGCUCAGUUAAAAAAAUGUACCGGAGUAACAUGGAGCGAUGUUUCAACUCAUCAACUAACGUACCAAAGUGAGAGCCAUGGCAAUGAUGAAACCUUAAAAUACUUAACAAGUUUAAAGACUAUUAUGGAGAGCGAAUACUAUGAAUUGAUACAUGUGAAAAAUAUAUUGAUUGAAAUUCUGAAAACAUUAAAUUUCCAUGAAAAAAGGUCUUAUGAGAAAGGACUAUCUGACGCCCAUCAAAAGCUCCAAGAUAUUGGAAAUCUCCUCGAAAAUUACAAGAUUCAGACUACAGCAGGGAAUUCAGAUUGCAAUACAUUCAUCAGUAAUACGUGUAAAUUAACACAAGCUAUUGAAAUUCUUUCAAAAAUCUGUCUGGAAAAGGGCAACGGAAUCCAACAAGUGAAACUCGUGAAAAUUUUUCAUGAAAGUAAUAAUCAACAAGGCUCGGUAGAAAAAAUAAAUGAGCCCUGUGAAAAACCUCGAAACGUAUGUCGUCAAGAUUUCAACAUGAUGGAAGAAUUUAGAAUCUGCGCGGUGGAGGCACAAGCAGCUGUAGAAGAUCUCCAAGAAGAAAUCGCCUCAACAGUUGCUAAUCUAUCGUGCAGACACCAACUAUUCACUGAUGUAACAAUUGCCCUUGAGAAAAAUCACCAAGAAUUUAUAAAAGCUAAUGACGAUUUAUUGAAUGCGAUAAGCCGCUUAAAGGACCAUAUUGAAGAAAAAGUUAUCACAAAAAAAACGAUAAUUGCCGGAGGAAUGAAGCUCAAAGAUUUUAAGGAUGAAAUGAAUGAGUGCCUUGUUAAAUUAAAAUGUAGGCCCCAUAAUGAAACUUCAACUGACCAAGAAAAAUUGACGGAAAGAAAAUUAUCAACUGCCCUUGACUUACAAUUAGUAGAUAAAGUUAUGGAUGAGAUAGACUAUAUAGUAUGUAAUAUUCAAGUCUUAAUAUCCAAAGAGGACUCUAGUUGUAAAUUAUUACACAAAUGCAAAGAUCAACUGCAAAGGGUAGAUAAUAAUUUUGAUGAAUUGAAGAAAUUUAAUGAUGGUGUAUUACGAGAUAACAACUUAGCGAAAGAUGAAUACGAAGAAAAUUUGAAAAAGUUGGAGAAAUUGGAGAGAGAAUUGGAUAAUGCCCACACACGGAUGCAGGAUCAUUUGGAGGAUAUUAUGCAGAGGAGUCAGCAAUAUGAAGAUUCGACUGAUGAUCCUUCAAGCAACAUAGAAAUAGAAGAGCUUAAGAAUGCCAUGACUUCCAAGGACAAAUUGAUUGAGCAUAGAGAUGAAAUUAUAAAAAUUCUAAAGAAUUCGAUUCAUGUGACACAAGAGGAAAUGAAAAAUUUGCAAAAAAAAUUGCAGAGAAAGAUUGAUGAAUAUGUGGCUAGGAUUAAUCAACAUUUGGAAGAAAAUAAAUAUUUGUUGGAGGAGAGUAAACGACAGAAUGAAACCAUAGAACAUUUGCGAGAAGCUUUAGUUGAAGCGAAAAAGUGUUUAGAUCGUCAGUGUGGUCAAAAGUCAGUUGGUGAUGUGUGGACUGCUAUUACACCAACAGUCUUCAAUAAUGGAGAUGUUCAUGAUAUUUAGAAGAGAUUUUAGCUUGUCAUAGCUUAAAUGAAAAUAAUUGAAAUAACAAUAAUUAUAAUUAUUACGCUUCUGUUAAUCUUUGAUUAAAUACAGCAAUUCAAUACAACAAAGAAAUGUUCAAUUGUUU